UGAUGGCAUCUGGUUACAGUUAUUCAGUGAAGGCUCGAAGAAGACGUGCAAGCUGCGGCCGCACCAUGAUACCGCUUCCUCUCGAUAAAAAUCACCGAGGUAACGAAUUCAACGCCAUCAUGAUUAGCGUGGGGUAAACGGUUUGACUUGCAAAACCUGGAUAUUUCAACGCUCCACUCGUGCCCCACAUAAAAAGGGGACCUCAGAGCCAUGGCAACGGCACAGUCUGCGGUAACGUUUGCAGUGUGCAUCUUCGUGAUAGCAGAGCUGAUUCUCGCCAAGAAGGACUAUUAUGAUAUACUGGGAGUCCCUAAAGAUGCUACUGAGCGGCAGAUUAAAAAAGCUUUCCACAAGCUUGCGAUGAAACAUCACCCAGAUAAGAACAAGAGCCCGGACGCUGAAGUGAGGUUCAGAGAAAUUGCUGAAGCUUAUGAAACUCUAUCAGAUGAAACCAAAAGAAGAGAAUAUGACCAGUUUGUUGACACCUCUGCAUACUUCACCGGGGAGACGCAAGGCAGACAACGCCAGGGUGCCCACCAACCCUUCAGCUUCAACCUUAAUGACAUUUUCAAGGACUUUGACACCUUAAGUCAGAACAGGCAGGCCCGUCACCAAAGACACUUUAACGAACACUCCAGGUCCCACAAGGAGUCCAACAGCAGACAUAAGAGACACUUUCAAGGAGGUUUUGGAGCAGGUGUCUUUGAUGACAUGUAUGACGACAUAGAGAGAAUGUUUACCUACGACAGACACGCCAAACAGUCUGACAACCGGUUUCAUGGUGCAUCAAAACAACACUGUAGGACAGUGACACAGCGCAGAGGAAAUAUGGUAACCACUUACAUGGAUUGCACUGCAUCUUAAGAUGCAAUUUAAAAUGGCUCAUGUUUAGAAAUUGCCCUGUCGGCAUAAAAUACUGCUGUAUUAGAUAAUAAGCCACUUGGUUCAAAUGCAUUCAGGCACAGAAUGAUUUGAACAGUGACACUGUUUACUUAGAAUAGGUAUAAAUUUAAAUAAUUGUUUUGUCAAACUAUUCCGCGUGUAUGCUUGUGGACUUGAACAUGAUUGUUGUAGUUUUUCACCAAUUAUUGAAAUAAACUGGAGUAUUUUGUA